AAGCCUUCGGAGACGCGCGGACUUGUAGUAUAAAGGCAGCGCGACAGAGGCAGGGAGACGGCACCCAUGUGACAUAUAACCGGAAAGCUGCACAGACAAAGGUAGAAAUAUCUCCCUGACGCGUCUGGCAGAGGAGACAGAGGAUACUUCAAAUUAAAUCCACGAGGGGCUUUUUUUUCUCUUCGUCUGGAAAUUCACGGCUUUCGUAUAAAUGAUUCAUGAGCGCCCGUUUUCUAUUUCUAAGGGAGUAAUUGCGCUCGCAGUGAGUUUCAGCUGGAGCCUGGCAUCAAACAAUCUGCACGUAUAGACGCCGGUGAAGGCUGGAACCGGAGGAACCGGAGGCUGGAUACGCACGCGUAAAGUCAGCGAACGGAGUGAGUUGGACGCGCGUGUCGCUGAACCCGCACUGGACCUCGUCUGUCACAAGGAUCAACUGUUGCUGCAGCCGGCGAGAGCACAUUCUCCAAGUGCGACUGGCUUCCACGGCGGAUGUUCGGCCGUCCGCUGGUCCCGCAUGCGGCCGCACCGCUGGCGUUGUGCAAUUAACAUGGAAAAAGAGACUGAUCUUGUUGUUGAUGUGUCGGAUACACCUUCGCCCGUCCUGUUGUGAUGCCAGUGGUGCGCUGAGGAGAAUGAUAAUAUCCCACACCGCUGCCGGCUUUUUCAUACUGGUUGAUCACCUCUCUGCGCGAAACAACACAUCUUUAUUUCUUUCCUUGUGUAACGGACCGUUUUAAGUGCUCGAACUCACUGGCAGACGCCAAAACUUACAGGCUUUUUGUUUUAGUGACCUUGCCCGGUUUUGACAUCCAUUCAGCGGGAGAUCAUAAUGCUGAUGAUGAUGGAGAACAGCGGCAUGGAUGCGCAUCAGGUUGAUAUCGAUUCGGAAUUCGAGCCGCACGCUCGCUCGCGGUCGUGCACCUGGCCGCUGCCGUGUCCGGAGGAUUUCUCCGGGGCGGAGGAGGCGAGCCGGGGUCUCGCCCUGGCGUCGGUCAAAGUGGAGCGCUACAACGUGCCGGCGUGCCGCGCGGACAGAAAGGGCGGCGCGCCGGCGGAGAUCACGCAUCCGGCCGGCGCCCCGGCCCCGGUGGCGGCGGCUCCCGCCUGCAUGUCCGGCGCCGCGCUCGACGUGGCCGGCCAGCUGCGCAAAGCCAAGUCCUCCCGGCGGAACGCGUGGGGGAACCUGUCGUACGCAGACCUCAUCACCCGCGCCAUCGAGAGUGCCCCCGAGAAGAGACUCACCCUGUCCCAGAUUUACGACUGGAUGGUUCGCUUUGUUCCGUAUUUCAAGGAUAAAGGCGACAGCAACAGUUCAGCCGGAUGGAAGAACUCAAUCAGGCACAAUCUGUCCCUUCACAGUCGCUUCAUCCGGGUGCAAAAUGAAGGAACUGGGAAAAGUUCCUGGUGGAUGCUCAACCCAGAAGGUGGGAAAAUGGGCAAGGGACCCAGGCGACGUGCAGCUUCAGACAACGGCACUCGAUACCUAAAGACGAAGGGCCGCAUCAGCAGGAAGAGAGCUGGACCCAUGGGCCUUGGACGGGGACAAGGUCAGGGAGCGGGUCCCGUGCUGCAGGGCUCCCCAGAGCAUGGAAGUCCAGCUGGGAAAGGAGGUGUUGUCAUGGGGGGUGAGGAGUACGACACAUGGACAGAUCUCCAUUCUCGCACCUCCUCCUCUGCCUCUACAUUAAGUGGCCUGUCUCCAAUUCUUGCUGAGGCCGAGCCUGAUGAACCGGAGGAAGGUGGACUGUCCUGCUCAGCCUCUCCUCGACUGUACCCGAGCCCCACAAGCACCCGCUCUCCAGCCCUGGGCACUGGGGGCCAUUGUCCAUCUGUGGAGCUCCCUCAGCUGACUGAUCUCACUGGGGCUAUCAGUCUAGAUGAGAGUGGUUACCCUCAGACUCCACAAAUAAAAUGCAAUGGUUAUCCCUAUGUGCCUGGGCCCAAGACAGAGGGCUCGUACUGCGCACCCAUGUAUGGACAACCUACCAUGGGUAUACUCCGGCACCACACUCCCAUGGAGACCAUACAGGAGAACAAGCCAGUCAGCUUCCAGCGCCCAAUGAGGGGCUACUCACAGAACAAUGCCCUGCAGAGUUUACUUACUGGAGGUCCUUCAUACUGCAACAAAGACACAGUACUGGGCCAGGGACGGGAAACACACACAUUAUUGACACAGGGAACAAAUGCUGUUCCCAGUCAACACAACCACAAUCAGAAUCGCAACCACAAUCAUAACCACAAUCACAGCCAAGAGCACGCUCACAAUCUCAGUCUACACAAUGGCCACAGCUCAGGUCAUGACCAGAACACAACCCACCAUCAAAACCAUAAUCAGGGUCACAAACACCAAGCCAGCCUAGAUUACAACCACAGCCACAAACCCCACCCAGCCCAUGACUAUGGUGCAAGUCACGAACAUGGCCAGAGUAACAAAGUAAACCCCAGCCACGAUCACAAUCCUCGCGCCAGCCAGAGUCACAUGCACAGUCACAAUCCCCACAACCCUAUGCAUAGUGGGCCCCAUCCUCAAGCCCUUUCUCCUCGGGUUAGCUCUGACAUCCUGCAGCCCUAUAGCCUCAAAACCUCCAACCCCUACAGACCCCGUUCCCAACUCCCAACAUCGCCAUCUCUCCCACCCAACCCUGCUGGGGUCAUGGAUGUUCCCCAGGACCCUUGCCGCCUGGCAUCCGCCCCUCACCCUCGUCACCAGUCUUACUCAGGAGCUCACCAUCAGGGUAUGACCGACUCCUGGCAUGGCUACUACCACAACAAUCACCAUUCGGGAAAUGCUGGUUACCAGGGACAGCAGCACUCCCAAAGUAGGAUGGCUGCCAAUCUGGAGAUGGAGAAUGUCUCUAAUAGCCUAGACUGUGACGUAGAUUCAAUCCUGCUCAAUGACUUUAUGGACACAGAAAACGUGGACUUUAACUUUGACGGGUCUCUUUCCCAAGGUGUGAGCAUGGGGAUGGGCAUGAGCUUAGGUGCAUUUGCUUGCCCUCCUCCAGCGCACACUAACCAGAGCUGGGUGCCAGGGUGAUUGCAGGCUCAAGGGUUUGACACAAGACCAGGUCAGAAAGCUCAACCACUGGGCCAGGCUGCUGGUGGGCUGUACCCUUGGACUGACUGACUGUGAUUUCUCUGAGACUGUAAAACUAAUUUUGUAUUGUCAUUUGGUUUCUUGGAGAUGGCCACAUCCUGAUCUUUUUUCAACCUGUUUAUAAUGUCUUCUGUCUCCAUAAUGAACCUGCCCACAAAAACUUGUUUAUGCCUUUCAUUUUCUUGUGUUUUUUCAUGUUUUCCUUCCAGUCUCAUCCUGCCUGUUCAAAUCUUUCAAGCACUUUACAUCCACUCUUUCAUACAGAUGCAGUAACACAAAGACCAGCCAACGUCAUGGUGUGUGUUAGCUUAACUUUAAUGUAUGCAAUCUAUUAUGCCGGAGGAGGUGUUGUUUUUGACCCAAGACCAUAAUCAGACACCUGCAUAAAUAAGUUGUAAUGUAAAGGUACUCUCAGAUUAGGGGUUCAUUCUAAAGAAGUAGAGGCUUAGAGGUUCAUGUAUAAUGAAUAGAAAAGGUUAUUAAAAUGAGAGGGAAUAACAGCUGUUACCUUUGCAAGAACGUCUCCUAUGGACAAGGAACACCUUUAUCAUUGGACAACCAGGGUUUAAAUUUAGUUCUGGGGUUGUGGUUCUAUGCCACAAAUGUUACUUAGACUGGGUCUAAGGCUUUCUGAAUGUCCAGGAACUACCCAAGCAAGGGAUCCAGCAAUGAACAUCUCUGAGUGGACAAAAAGUUUUGAAUUUUACAGAAAAAUCCUACUUAAAAAUCUCACUGCACUACUUUUUUUGGACAUAACAUGGAACACUUAAAACUGUUGGACUUCUGAUCUUCUCAUCUGGUUAAUUUGCAUAAACCUUUUUUGAAAAUGUAAAUCAGAAGGCGCAUAAGGCACUUUUAACCCUGGGAAGGCUUCUAGACGUUAGCAGAGACCUACCUGGAACUUUCAAAUGAAACACACCUUAAAGAGUAGGAGGGAACAUAAGGGAAGUCUGGACUAAUGUGACUGGAAGUCUGGCGUUGGAGACUGAUAGGUGUUUCAUGUUUGUUUCAUUGGUUGAGUCAUCCACUGAAAACACAUCGACCCUGCUUCACUGAAAUACAGUGUCUCUUCUUUAAUCUCCAAAGUAAUGCCAGAGUGAUGCAUCACCAUUGCAAAUCCAAUGCGCACUGUGUGUUUUUUCAGCCGCCCCAUCUCCCCCCUCUUCAACUCUGGACACUGGCUUAAUGUGUUUUGGUAAAAGUGAUGAUUAAAGUCACUCUGCACUAAAUGGGGGAGGGAUUGAAAGGAGGAGGGGGCAUUGGGGAGAGCUGAUAGGAGAGGAGAAAUGCAAAUAUUCCCUCUGUGUGUCUUCUUCUCCAUUUCGUGGAUUUAUGUAGCUUUCCCCAUAAUGAAAUAAGCAACGAUCAGAGCCUGCUCUACAUCCCACGGAGCUCUCUGAUUGGCCUGCACCGGCUGCCUCAGUGUGGCUCCUUCACCGGCUGACCCCAGAACAGCUUAGUGAGCAGCUGUGGUCAUGCCAGGAUGUUGAUGGAGAGGCUGUCCUCAGACCCCAGACAACCUUGUCUAAUUCACUAACACCUAGGUUCGAGCCCACUAUGUGCUUUUACUCCUGUGAAUUGCACACUGAUGAACAGCGUCAGCAGAUUACUAUUUGGUGCUAUCUCCUCUUCCCAGGCUUUCUCCUAUCAUGCCGCCCCAUCCUGAGGUUACUCGGAGGGUAAACAAGAGUAAUUAACCGCCAAACAAGAUGGAUGAUUUAUGCAAGUGUGUGUAUUCGCUCAUCUGCACAAAGUCAUAAUUCGUACCAUCCCUACCAAGCACAAGGAGGGUGAUUUUUGAGAGUUGGUGCCCAGCAGCACACCUGGCAAGCGCCGCGCUUGCAUUGUCCUUCGAGUCCUUCAAGCAUCCCCUUUACGACCGUUCCCGUUGUGUCCUGGCCAUAGCUUUACUUUGCUGUUGUCUUUUCUCGUGCUCGUUCUGUGAUCGUGUCAGUUGUCCUUCCUGUUUUGAUGCAGCGUGGAUAGAAGAUUUCAUGUGCAUUAUAUUUUCUUUGUUCCCAGAGGGAAAACAGACAAAAGUGGUAAUCGCAAACCCAUGUCCCAGCAAGAGGGAAUAGGAACAAGAGAGAAGAAAGGCAGAUAGAUAAAGUGAGGGACCAAAGGGGAGCGAGGUAACUACAUGAGCAGGCAGGAUCUGUGAGACUGAAGAGAGAUUUUCCAGCUCGGUAACUUUUUGCAGAAUUGGCUGUUUCAAUCAGGCCAAAUGUCAAGAGCUACUCAGUCAGCCAGCAAGCUUUGACCAGAAAGCCCAUUCUCCCUCCUGAUCAAGGACAAUGACAGGUAUUUCAAUACUCCUUUCUUUUGCUUUCUUCAUUUCUUUUCAUAACUAAAAAUGGCCCAUUGUAAUUUGUCCUCUGGCAGUUGUGUCAAGCUUCUUGCCAAUGUGCAAGUGUGUGUGUGUAGCACAGUGGCAUACAAGGGCCGAUUAAGAAAAUACUGUUGAGGACUAACUGGCCCUGGUAUUGUAUGCCGAGCAGAGUGCUGCAUACAUAAUAUAUACAUUUAUAUUUAUUGGUUGGGGAGAUGGCGCUCAGGCCCUUCACUGCUUUAUCUUCUUGAUGACAAAGAGGCAAAAUGCUAUUUCAGUUUGACUACAUUUUAUUCUGUACAUAAUCUAUAUUAAGAAAAUUGUAUUAUAAUUUUUUGCAAAUAUCAUUUUCUUUUCUAAAAUGAUGUAUCUGCUCAUCUGGUGACCGUAAAAUAAAAACAAAUAAGAGGAA